UAUCCACAAGCAAAGUACAUCUCUCUCUAUAACACUUCUUUUUCUAAAGUAAUUUUAUAAUGGGAGGUUCUUGGCGUUUCUUGUUUAGCUUCUUCGGCAGCUUCAAGGCAUGGUUGAGGAAAAGACAAAGAUCAAACCCGGCAGGAACUGACGACGAGAUGUAUGGUGAGGAUAGUGAAGGCAACUUUUAUAACUGGUACGUCGUUGAGCCGGCUAUUAACCGGAAAUCCACUGAUUUCAUCAGAAGGUUCCACGAGACUCGUGACUGAUUCCAUCUCAUCUUUAUUAUUUUCUUCAGCUUCUUUAAACGUACGUAGUAGCUUGGAAGAAAAUUUGUUCUU